AUGUCCUCCCUCGAUUAUUCCACCAACAACACGAUCGAAUCCCUCUCGUCCGUCUUCAAAACACUCGCCUCAGGCGAAUCCGUCACCAUCACCAACAUUCCCGACGGCGCCGCGGCCACUUUGACACUAAAUCUGACAUUGAGUGGCUUCGUAAAAAUUAGCGAAAGCGGCGGAAAUCAAAUAACUGCCUCGAAACCAAACUACAAUUUGGGAAGUGCAGUGACGCUCGAUGAUAAGAAUACGAUCGAUGGAGCGUCUCUUUUACGAUCUGAAGAUUUGGCGAAGCCGGAUGAGAAGGACUUGAAGGCAGAUUGCGGAACUGGAAAAGAUAAGAAAAGAGAGCUUGCGCGAAUUGCACUUGUGGAUUAG